GUUAUGAUAAAAAUAUUAAAAAAAUAAUCGGAUACGGCCGAUACGGGUUGGAAAAAAAUUACCGCGGACGAGAAAGACGAGUUUUCCAAAUUUCACGCCGUUUUUACAUCGGAGUGACUUCAAAAUGUGGUACGAAGCCUUACCUUCCGCUAUCAUCGUAUAUGUGCUGUUAAACAUACCCGACAAGAUCAACUCUCUGUCGAAUAAAUUAGUUUACGAUAACGUUUACAAACGUGAUGUUAGUCAACCUUGGCUUCAAAGAUAUUAUGCUAGAGAUUGGGAAUUAACUGGUGAUCCAUAUAAGGCACAAGGCCUUGAAUGUUUACCAAAUAAGCCUACAGUUACUGGAAUUGAUUGGCAUAAAUAUGGAAAAGGACCAAACCAUUCAUUCUAUGGAACUAAACUGUAAUAAAAAUUAAUUAACUUUAAAAAUGAAUUGUAGCUAUAAUAAAUGUUUUAGAAAGUUGUAUAUGGAAAUUGUGAAAACUAUAUAUCUUACUAAGUAUAAUUCAUAUGUAAUAUAAUACUGAAAUAUAUUCUGUAUAUAUUUCAAUAGUUUAUAUUUUCUUUUAUUUCAAUGAACUUAUUCAUUGAUGUAAUAUAAAUAAUUAACAUAAUUAUAUAACUGUAAUAAAAUA